CAUGAAGACGUCCAAACUCCUAAUAGCUGCGCAGACUUGCCCCAGGUGUCAAGGUCGAGGAAGGCACGAUGAACCCGUACCCUAGACGCUCAGAUGUGGAUCUGCAUAAACAAACCAGAUACACUCCAUCAACUUAUCAAACAAAUAUGGGAGACUCGCCUCGCGCCAAUCGCCAUCAUCGAAAACGACGCUCUCCAAGGCACAAAUCGUGGUAUCAAGAAGGCGUGCCUGUCAAGAUCCACAUCGGCAAUCGUCGCUCGCCAAACUACCACAGUUCGAUCCAGGUCACCAGCGCAGAUGGCGAUAGAUUCGCCGCUCUCGUUCAUGAGACCCUUUCGAUGAAUCCACAUGAUCCAUUGCUGAUAACUUUCAAUGGCUACCAACCAUGGCUUGAACAAGUCAUUUCGACCUGUAUCGAUGAUCGCUAUGAUGAACUCACAGAUCUGAACAGAGCACUGCAGUUCGACGACACGGUCAAAUUUCCAGAGCGAAGUAACAAGCGAAGCAUGCAAAUCCCUUGGUCCUUCCUUGUUGAUCAGAUGAACGUUCCGGAUGUGUACUGGUGGACUUUUGGCAAAGACCCACCUCCAGACCAUCCACAGGGCAUUGAUGAAAUCGACGACUAUCGUUUCCGUAUUGCUGCCUGGAGUUGUGGUCGUCGCGCCUGUCGUUUCGACGAGAGGGUUCCUGUGGUCCUCAUCUUCACUCAAUCCAAGAUUCCAGCCGAGAAUGUCAUGCACGACCUCUUCUUCCCAUACUUCUACGAAGAUGAAGAAUACGAUAGACCGCGCAGGGAUGAGGAGACCGUUUGCUGGACUUUCUUACGCUUGUACUGGCUUCUUACCGACUGGCAGAACAUUAUCCGUGAGAUUGAGAGAGAGUUGGAGGAAGCCGAACUCAACAGCCGUGGAAGGAAGUUUCCAGUCAAGCUGCGGACACGCAUCAUGCACAAACAGAUUGAUCGCAUCUACGAACUCAGCGAGUACAUGCGCUUCCACUCGAGAUCAUUCAAGAAGCUGCUCAAGCUGAAGGAUACAAUGCACAAGUCACCCGACGAUGACAAUGAUCCCGUCUGGGAUGAGAUGGACGAUGCUGUCGAAGAUCUGGACCAAUACGCCUACUAUAUGGACACUUUGAAGGAGCGUUUCCUCAACCUGAUCGAGCUGGAGUUCAACAUUGAGAACGCUAACCAGUCCGACUAUUCACGCUACUUAUCAAUUCUCGCGGCCCUGUAUCUCCCAAUCACAUAUCUCACCAGCAUCUUCGGUAUAAGCACUCUGACGGCACCAGCAAUUCUUUGUCUGUAUAUCUCGAUUCCGUUAUUGGUCGUCAGUCUGUUCUUCACUGUCUUCUUCCCAUGGGCCAUCAGUCGCUUCCAGAAAAUAUGGUAUCCGGCCAGCAAAAACAAUGUCAAAUUACCGAAGAACAGCUUUACGUUGCUGGGAGAGGAGCUGCCAUCGUCGGCAGAUGUCCCUCGUGUCAUACCCAUUCGAGCCCCGAGCUUGCCUCGUCAGCACGCAGCUCGUCAGAGCCAUCACAGGCGCAACAACAGCAAGCCUCGUUCAAAGUCGAGGAUCAGAUCACUCAGCGCCAGGGGAAGGCGUCGUCUCGGUGUCGAGGACAAGGUGUAAAGAGGCUUCCACCUCCUUUUCUUCGCCCUUUCAGCUAGGUGGAGCAUAAACUUGUGAUGUCGCUUGCGUUUGCUUUUCAACACGGUCAAAGCGGACACGAGCUGGCUGCAGAUUUUCGACGGAGCAGCCACACGGACUACCCUGCAUACAGACCUUACUCGUGCCACCGAAUGUGAAUUUAGCUUUUAGCAACAC